AUGGCUACGCAAAUGAGCAAAAAGCGAAAGUUUGUAGCCGACGGAGUGUUCUUUGCGGAGCUGAACGAGGUGUUGACCAGAGAACUCGCAGAAGAUGGGUACUCUGGCGUUGAAGUUAGGGUUACGCCAGUGCGGACCGAGAUCAUUAUUAGAGCCACCCGGACUCAAAACGUCCUCGGUGAGAAGGGAAGAAGAAUUAGAGAACUGACAUCUGUUGUUCAGAAGCGUUUUAAGUUUCCGGAGAACAGUGUUGAGCUUUAUGCAGAGAAAGUCAACAACCGAGGGCUUUGUGCCAUUGCUCAAGCAGAGUCUUUGCGUUACAAACUUCUAGGAGGGCUUGCUGUUCGGAGGGCAUGCUAUGGUGUUCUUAGAUUUGUCAUGGAGAGUGGAGCAAAGGGAUGUGAGGUCAUUGUCAGUGGCAAACUCAGGGCUCAGCGUGCUAAGUCUAUGAAGUUCAAGGACGGAUACAUGAUAUCCUCUGGCCAGCCUGUUAAUGAAUACAUUGACUCUGCUGUGCGUCAUGUGCUUCUUAGACAGGGUGUUCUUGGGAUUAAGGUCAAAAUCAUGCUCGAUUGGGACCCCAAGGGUAAGCAAGGCCCCACAACACCCCUACCGGAUCUGGUCACCAUCCACCAACCCAAAGAGGAAGGGGACUACAUCAGGCCCCCAGUUGUGGCAGCAGCUGAAAUACCAGUCCUUGCUGCAUAG